CUUUGCGGACUCAAACAACGAACUACGCUCCUCCUCCAGUGAUGGCCAACGGUUUCUGUUUCGAGUAUCGAGUAAGCAUCUGAAAAUGGGUGCGAAAUUGGACACCCCAGCGCGAGUUCGGGGUCCUGUGUGCCCAUUAUGCCAUUGUGAAUGCAAGAAUCCUACAGUACUGAAAUGUAGACACCGCUUCUGUGAGGAAUGUAUAGGCGAGUUGUGGAGUGGGUCACUGUCGGGACCCGUGUUUUGCCCCGAAUGCAAACAAGAAUACAGGAAGUUAACCGAUGCUUUUUGGGAUAUGGAAACAUCCUUCCCAUCGGCUAGCAGAUAUCCUUCGGGUUGGAGAGAUAAGUUUUCUUCCCCUGCGUCCAAGAACAGUCUUCUCGGCAAGAGACGUCACUCCAGAAUUCCGCAGCCACAGGAAAGUGGGCAGAGGCAAGUGUCAUCUCCAGCCACAAAUGGAACAGCGAGAAGUGAUGGCUUCGCCUAUCAUGAUGGUGAACCACCUCCCCGUAAAAAAACACAUUCCACACCAGGGAUUAACCCAAGCAGUAAUACAUCUACACCAAAGAACCAUGGCUCUGUCAAAAGAUCAUCCUCAGAUAGAAGCUCACUACCUUUGGAAGGGACAUCUGCCACAGUGUGGUGCCCCGACCGAAGCACUGGGGGAAUCCCAGUCAGUGAGGGACUUGAAUCCCCAGAGAGUGAUGACUCAAGUGUGGAGGAGGUCCUGGUUGUAAGUGGUGUGCCCUCAGAGAGCCAGUCACCAGUGGUAGUAGAGACACCUCUUGAGGAGCCCACAUUGAAACAACAGACACCCCCUAAAACAUCCACCCCGCCUGUACAGAAGUCCCCAAGAGCCACGACCCCUGCAAUGGACAUGCCCCCAGCCGCCCGAUCUCCCUCUGUUAGUGGCUCACCCCCAGCAGCCCGAUCUCGCUCUGUUAGUGGCUCACCCCCAGCAACCAGCUCCCCUCGUCAGCUUUCACCUGCUGCCAAUCAUCAGUCCUUCAAACGCAUGGAGUCCCCACCAACACGAGACACUAUCCAACCAGCUGCACUUGGGCUUGUCCCGUGUCACUACUGCUUCGCCCAGGACCAAAGGCCUGCCGUGAAGACCUGCCUGCAGUGCGGAGCCUCCAUGUGUGCCGAGCAUCUCCGCACCCACCUGGAGUCGCCGGUGUUCCAGGGCCACCCCCUGGUACCAGCCGUGAACGACGUGUCACCCUGGAGAUGCCAGGAGCACCAGGAGAUGAACCGCAUCUACUGUCGGCCGUGCGGUGUGUGUGUGUGCACCGUGUGCACCGUGAUCGGCUCGCACCGCGACCACCCCUGUAUCGGCAUCAAAGAGGCGGAGAAGGAGCUGAGGGGUGAAAUGAAAGAGGAGAUGAAGAAGUUGCAGGGACACGAACAAGCUGUUAUGACCAGAAAAGCUGAACUCCUUCAAAAGAAACAGGCCUUCCAGGAGGUUCUAAAUGAGGCCAGAGGCAAUGUGCGGACCCAGUACCAAGCCAUGCGGGAGGCCCUGGACCACGAGGAGCAGCAGGCCCUGCUCUGUGUGGCCAAGGAGGAGACCAGGAGCCUGGGCGGAGUGGAGGACCAGCUGGGCCUUCUGCAGACCACCCUGGGCACCAUCCAGCACAGUGUGGACACCCUCACGGGGCUGGCUGACGCCACUGGGGCUCUCAGAGUCCAAGACCAGGCGUUUAUCACGGAGUACAACAAGGUGGCCUGCAGGAUUAGUGGAAUAUCCAAUCCAGUAGAGGACCUGGAGGCUCCACGGGAGGUGGACCGUGCUCGUCUGGGCUGCCUGCAAGGGUGGACAGAGAGGAGGCUGGACACGGUGGUUAUUUCACGGCCCCACAGAGACCCAUUCAGACUGAUGUACGGCAUCACUCCACUCCUGGAUCCUGACACGGCUCACCCAAAGCUGCUCCUGUCGAUGGAUAACCGGCGGGUGUCGUUCAGCGAUACGCCCCAGCCGCAUCCGGAGCAUGACGCCCGCUUCAGCUCGUUCCCCCAGGUCCUGGCCUCGGGGGCCCUGUGUUACGGCCGCUGGUACUGGGAGGUGGAGGUGGCGGCAGACGAGGGAAGGUGGAAGGUCGGUGUGUGCGACGGGCAGAUCGGCCGCAAGGGGCAGAAGGACGCCUGCCGGAUGGGCUUCAACGGCCUCUCCUGGUGCCUCUUGAGCGAGGGGAAGGGGAAGGUGGAGGUGCUGCACGACAAGGAGUCCACGGCCGUGUGCGCGAACGCCCCCCCGAGGGUGGGCGUGCUGCUGGAUUUCGAGGAGGGCUCCCUGUCGUUCUUCAGCGUGGCUGAGGAGGGCACUCUGACUCUGCUGUACAGCUACCAGCACGCCUUCACCCAGCCCCUCUACCCCGCCCUGGCUGUGUCCAAGACUCAGCUGACCAUCUGCGACCUCUUCCAGAGGGAUGGUGCUGAUGAGAGCAAUCAGGAAUAGUCUGUCAAAUCAUUUUUAAAUCACUUUUAUCAUUCCAAAAUCAAGAUGAUGUGGGUUGUUUUCUGUCACCUACUUUUUCGUCUACUGGCAUUUCGUGUAAUGGAUUUCCAUGUUGGUAAAUGUUUCGUUUUUUUUUAUCUCAACGUCUUUUUCAGAAUACAGGGAUUUGUACCACUCAUGAAUUCAUAUCUGUUUCUACAUAAAUAAAUCAUAUAUUUACAAAUUG